GCAUCUUUUGCGCAGUCGCCUCCUCCACAGGCAGCCCCUGCUCCGGCAUAUUCUCCACCUCCUCCACAGGCAAUACCUCAACGGCCCUACACUCCACCAGAACAAGCAUCUCCACCCUCUAAUACCAACACAUCACCGCCGAACUUUAGCCGAGGCGCUCCCCUAGCCCAACCAAGUGCCAUCAAUACUGUAUUUCAAGCACCUCCCACGUCAGCUAGUCCACCUGCAGUCAGCCCGCCACCAGGCAAUGGCUUUCCCCAGGAAAAGGCACCAUACUACCAGCAAAAUGCUGCCGCAUUUCAGCAGAAUGCUGCUAUCUCAAUUCAGAGACCAGUCUCCAAAUCUCCUCCACCGUCAAUGAAUCCAAUGGCCAGAAUGCCGGGAGGAGCCCCGUCAUACGGAGAAUUCAAGGGUGCCACCUCAACAUCCACCGACAACGUGGGUACAUUCAACGGGGGAAGCUACAGAAUAAGUCACCGCGAUUCAAACUCUCUAUUGACAGUUCAAUUGGCCAUGGGUGCCCCGCUCGUGGCUAAGCCAGGUGCCAUGCUUGGAAUGUCCCCAACUAUGACACUUCGCGGUGUGACGCACUUGACUUGGAAAAAGCUUGCGGCUAGAGGAGGAAUAGGCAUGUCUCAUUACACUGGACCCGGGGAACUUCUCCUUGCACCAUCUGUACUGGGUGACCUCAUGGUCCUUCCAAUACAAGAGGGGAAGGCGUGGACAAUUGGAAGAGAUGCUUUCUUAGCCCAUACAGCUGCCGUGGAGCAUGAGUACACCUUCCAGAGUCUCACAAAGGCGAUGUUCUCCGGCGAAGGCCUCUUCGUAUACCAAAUAACUGGAAAUGGACUGCUCUGGAUGCAAAGUUUUGGGUCCAUCAUUAAGAAAGAUCUAGCUGAUGGAGAGAAAUAUUAUGUUGACAAUGGCUAUCUCGUUGCUUGGAAUUGCGACUAUAAGCUUGAACGCAUUGCAUCUGGUGGCCUGUUGUCAUCGUACUCCUCAGGUGAAGGCCUCGCCUGUAAGUUCGAAGGACCUGGAACAGUCUAUUUCCAGACACGAAACGUCAACACCUUUGCUAUGCAAAUGAAGAUUAGCACAGCUAGUGGUUAA